AAGUAAAUUUGUUUUUGUAAUAAACGUAGACAAUUUAGUAUCAUAGUCCCGUCAGACAUAUAUCAAUUCAGACAUGGAUUUGAAAUAUAUAUUCGCAUUGUUUGUAUCUUUCAUGAUUCCAGAGUUGAACGUUUGUUUGACGUGUUUCAGUUGCUCUGGUGUGGCUGAUUUAAAUAGUUGUGAUGCAACCAUUACGUGCGGUCAAGGACAGUCAUGUUCUUUAGAAAUGGAUGUUUCUGGACAAACAACAAGUUACACACUAGGCUGUAAGGACACUCAGAUUUGCGAUACACACCCAGGUUUAAUUGGACGUGAUCUCUCCUGUCAUGAGUGUUGCAGCACAGACAAUUGUAACAAACACAUCUGCAAGCCUUCAACACUUAAGCUUUUGAUGUUUGGUAUACACUAUUUAUGGAUUUACAAAUAAUGUAUUUGAAAAUCU